AGCUGUAAACAAUAAAAGUGACUAAAUUAUCGUAAGUCACUAAUUAGACUGAACCGUUAUAAAUCUUCUCCUCAUUUAUUAUGCAUUUGAUUCUAUUUGAGUCGUGCAACCACAUUUUGCUGUCUAACAUUACUAUUAUUUGAGUCAUCACGCAUAUAAAAUUGUAACAUGUACUUGGUUUCAGAGGGUCACGUAGGUUUGUUUUGGCAUAUAACGGGUCUGCGAACUUUUUAAGGAAAUUUAGGUUUGGGAGGUUCACCCAAAACAAAAACAAUAAAAAAAAAAGAGAUUAGAGGAUUAAGUUCCUCAACAAAGUAAAGAAAAGGAAAUUUUUCCGCCAAUUUCUCCAUAGAAUAUUGCUAUUAGGCACCAACGGUCGUGAUUGUAUCUAACUGGCUCUUCGCUUCAACAUGGUAUUGGUAUAUCCUCACGUACGUGGUCUCUGUAGGUAGACAUCAGUGAGGCUGAGAUCAUUUGCUGAAAUGGGGACCCUUGUCUUUAAUCAUAAUCUUAAGGUUACCCAGUUGGGAAAAUCGGGUCGGAUUGAAGAAGCCAUUAAGCUUUUCUCACAAAUGACUCAAAAGAACAUUGUAACCUACAAUUCCAUGAUCUCUGCUUAUGCCAAGAAUGGUAGAAUCAGGGAUGCACGCUACCAGUUUGAUAAAAUGCCUCGUAGAAAUUUAGUUUCUUGGAAUACCAUGAUUUCUGGCUACUUGCAUAAUGACAAGGUAGAGGAAGCCUAUGACGUGUUUGUUAAAAUGCCUAAAAGGGAUCUUUUUUCUUGGACUUUAAUGAUCACUUGCUAUACACGUAAUGGUGAGCUUCGAAAGGCUAGAGAACUGUUUAGUUUACUUCCUGAUAAGCGAGAUACAGUUUGUUGGAAUGCCAUGAUAGCAGGUUAUGCUAAGAAAAGGCUGUAUGAUGAGGCUAAAAGAUUGUUUGAUGAAAUGCCAGUAAAGGAUUUAGUUUCUUGGAACUCGAUGUUGGCAGGGUAUACCAAGAAUGGAGAUAUGCAUCUUGGGGUGCAGUUUUUUGAGGAAAUGGGUGAGAGGGAUGUGGUUUCGUGGAAUUUGAUAGUAAAUGGGUUUGUUGAGGUUGGCGAUUUGGAUUCUGCCUGGAAGUUCUUUAAGAAGAUGCCAGAGCCGAACGUUGUUUCAUGUGUUACAAUGUUAUGUGGGCUCGCCCGUCAUGGCAGGAUUGCAGAAGCACGGAAUCUCUUUGAACAGAUGCCAAGUAGAAAUGUAGUUUCUUGGAAUGCAAUGCUUGCAGCCUAUGUUCAAUACCACCAAAUUGAUAAGGCUGUUAAACUGUUCUCAGAGAUGCCAGAGAGGAAUUCUGUAUCAUGGACCACAAUGAUAAAUGGGUAUGUUCGUGUUGGAAAGCUUGAUGAAGCAAGACAACUACUUCACCAAAUGCCUUACAAAAAUAUUGCAGCUCAAACUGCUAUGAUUUCUGGAUAUGUGCAAAGUAAAAGAAUGGUUGAAGCUAGUGAGAUCUUUAAUCAUAUUGGCAUGCGUGAUGUUGUUUGUUGGAACACCAUGAUUGCUGGGUAUGCUCAGUGUGGUAGAAUGGCUGAAGCUCAAUAUUUGUUUAAUCAAAUGAGAAAUAAGGAUUUAGUUUCUUGGAAUACUAUGAUCACUGGUUAUGCUCAAGCGGGCAUGAUGGAUAAAGCAUUCGAGAUCUUUGAUGUAAUGGGAAAAAAGAACAUAAUUUCUUGGAAUUCUCUGAUCUCUGGUUUAUUGCAAAAUGGGUUAUAUAUCGAUGCUUUGAAAAGUUUUUUGAUGAUGAGAAAGGAAGGAAGAAGACCCGAUCAGUCAACUCUGUCAUGUGGACUAAGUGCAUGUGCCAAUCUUGCCGCUUUGCAAGUUGGGGAGCAACUUCACCAUUUGAUUGUGAAAAGUGGUUAUGUAAAUGAUUUGUUUGUUUGCAAUGCACUCAUCACAAUGUAUGCGAAAUGUGGAAGGGUUUUCAAUGCUGAACUAGCGUUCAAAGAUACGGGAAACAUUGACAUUGUUUCUUGGAAUUCUUUGAUUGCUGGGUAUGCUUUAAAUGGAUAUGGUAAAGAGGCAGUUGGGAUUUUUGAAAAAAUGCUGAUUGAAGGGAUGGCUCCGGAUCAGGUCACCUUCAUUGGCGUGUUGUCGGCAUGUAGUCAUGCUGGGCUUGUUACUCAAGGUUUGGAAUUGUUUAAGAAUAUGACAGAUAUAUACAAGAUAGAACCUUUGCCUGAACACUAUGCUUGCAUGGUUGACCUGCUUGGAAGGGCUGGUAGGUUAGAAGAAGCUUUCAAAAUGGUGCUGGAGAUGAAAGUCAAGAUAACUCCUGGGAUAUGGGGGGCAUUGCUUGGAGCUGCGAAGAUACAUCGGAAUCUAGAAAUUGGUAAGUAUGCUGCUGAGAAGCUUUUAGAACAAGAACCUCAUAGGGCUUCAAAUUAUGUGCUCUUGUCAAACAUUCAUGCUGAGGCCGGCAGAUGGAAAGAAGUUCAAAGAAUAAGAAUGUUGAUGGAAGAGAGAAGAACAGAGAAGCAACCAGGAUACAGCUGGAUUGAAGUCGGAAACCAAGUACAUUCAUUUCUUUCUGAUGAUGCUGCACAACAUAGAACAGCCGAGGUCUGCAAUAUGUUAAAAAAACUGACUGCUGAAAUGAGAAGCAGAAAUCUUGUGUCUGAUAUGAAAUCUUUUCUACUUGACGUCUUAUAGUCUGACAAUGUUUUAAGUUACUAAAAGAGUAAAGUAUUACAGCUUUGCUACUUUAUACUUCAGGAAUAUGUAGUCUUUGUUGCAAAUGUAAUUACUGAAUAUAACGUAAAUUCUUGAGGCUGCUUUAUGCACUCUUUGAUGUUGGUAGAUUAGAUUGUAGUUUAUGCGCCUUAACGCAAAUUUCCUUCUAGAAUUUGUCCAAAACAGCGAGAACAAGAAAAUAUAAAGGGUAACGCAACCUGA